AUGCCAAAAAUUUGUGACGGGUGCGUACAGCAAGUGCUGGUUGGAAACGUAUUCCAGCAGUCGCUGCUACAACCAGUGCAGGCCUUUGGUCCUGCACUUGUCCCGCAUUACCCUCGCAGGUACGCCAUGAUACAACAACGCGUCUCGUCCGACCUGGAAGACGUCGACGUGGAAAACGAAGCAAUCUUGGGCUACAACAACAUCCCCCCGACAACUGCGCAUUGCAUUCCAACGCGAAAAGAUCCAAUCCAAUCCUUGGAUUCCAUGACGUACGAAUCGGAUCUGAUCAAAACCUGGGAGCAGGACCCUUCUCAACAAAAGGGGUUUUAUCGGGAUGUCGAAAGACUACGUCGCUACUUUGCCGGAUUGCCUGUUAUCAAGGCCGUCUAUCGCGUUUUGAAAGAGGCCAAACAAAUCAAACUACUACUCGUUGUAUAG